CGCUGUUUGAGAUCGUUCAGCGAAUUUAGGGAUUCAACGAAAAGCCUCCCCAAAGGUCUGCCUUUUCAUUCGAUCAAACUUCCAAGUCAGGCGGCAAUCCACUUCCCCAGCGCAAUCGCAACCCGCGCAAUGGCCCCGCAAAUCUAUUGGUCGCAAGACCACCGACUUAGAGACGCAGAUCAACCCAGCAUACCCACCCCCGCAACCCCUGGAAUAGCGGACCCCAGACCUACAGCGGCCGAUCUGAACAGCCGCAUAGACCAAUGUGCGGUGAAACAGGCAGAUAUGAAAACUCGUAUUACCAAACUCGGACCAGCCACAGGAAAAAGCGAGAGCGAUAAGGCCGUUCUAGAUGCCAUCUCGAAGUUUGGUUCUAACUCGUUGACGCCUUCAGAUAUAGGUGUGAGCAAUGUAUCCGGAGACAUGUCGGACGCAGAUAUCGCCGAGAUGAGCGGGAAGUUAGACGGCGUCGAAUUUGAAAUUCAGAGGCUGGAGGUACUCUUGACGGACAUAGAGAAGGAGUGGAAGGAGAGCGAAGACUUACUUCGGUCAGGGCCAAAACCCCCGGAGCAGGCGAAAGAUGGUGAUUGGGGCUUAGAUGGCAUGAAGUAGAACUAUAUGCGUCCCUUAUCCGAAUAGCAAUCUUUACUCAUGGGGUGAUUUUCUAUUCCAACCAAACCAAUCAAGAGCAAACGCACACUCACGCCCC